AUGGUGUCCUUUGUCAAUCCUCUUUUAAGGAAUAUCAUUAUCAGAAGUACUUUCGAUGGCCUCAAGAGAAAACAAUGUCUACAAUAUCUGAAAAGCCUGAGAACACUGCAACAUGAAGGAUUUAAGACUGUGUAUUUUGGAGAGACUGCAAUCCCAGAAAGUCUUGUAACCGGGGAAGAUUUUCACGAUGGCUACUUCAUGCAUGCCCCAACAUGGUAUGUUGUGCAUGGCGGAGGCAGCCUAGGCUGGGUGCCUUGGAAGUAUCGAAUGUUCCUGAAAGAUGAGUUGUCCAUCAGACGAGAUGACAACCUCUUCUUUGAGUUCUGUGAUAUGGCCAAGAAGGCUUAUGGGAAGUGCACCAUUGUGGUCAAAGGGAAAAUGCAAGAGGAGGAGAUAAAGCCAAUGGAAGACAAGGAGUUUCAGGUCCAGGGCCAAGUCACCAUUAACUUAACAGGCAUCAUAUGCUGCCCCAAGGUGGCCAGAUCCUAUGGCCAUGAGCUACUUUCUCUGCCAUCCCCUUAUUAUUAUUUGAACCCACUAGACUCAGCCUGGUCUUCUCUGAAAUGGUUUAUCAUCAAUAACAGGAAGGAUUUUUGUUUGCAGUCCACUGACAUAGUUUAUUCUUACCAAUAUAUACUUUUCAGUGACUUACUUAGCAAAGGAAUUGAAAGGAUCAACUUAAACAAAUGGAAAACACUGACCAACAAGGUACGGAGAUGGGAAAACUACUAUCUUGGUAAAUUUUCCUAA